AUGCCGCCAAUGCUGUUCAAGACGGCCCUUCUAGCCUUGGCAUUUGCCGGACUCGCCCAGGCAUGGCAGCUAACUCUACCAAAAUUCCUAACUAGCAACCCUCUCAGCCACGUCCGAUCCGCCUGGACCGCUGCUUCCCCGGCGUGGAGCGCUGGAGCUCCCGCAGCGCUAGCCGUUCGCCAGCGCAAAACCCUCAACCCGUCGUGCGUCUUUGAGGACUUGAGAACCGUUGGCGGGUGCGCAUGCUUCGUGGCAAGGUCUCGAGUGGGACUAAGCCAGAACAACCGCGACUUGUGUCGCUCGCUUCUGGAUCUCGACUUCGAGCAACAAGAUCAACGCUGCGCUGCUUUCAGAGAUUCGCGAGGCCGAGUUCAAGUCUAUCGUCUCAUCCACAUCAUAUUCAAUUCGCUGAGCGAGUGCAACGUGCAGAGGGUUCUCAGAGACACGAGGGCAGCAAACUCGGGAAACCCCACGAAAGCUCCGUCGACACCCCCACGGACACCCCCACCGACGCCUGCACCUACGCCGACGACUUCGCAGCGGCCGCCGCUGGAGGCACGCAGGAACGCGUCUUUUUAUGGUGUAGAUGGUGACGUGGGUUUGCGUGAUGGAAGUGGGACGAGCAGAGCUGCCGUCGGCUUCCAGCCGAUGGCAGGAAAAACGUCGGAGCUUGUGGUUUCGGAGAAAACUCAACAGCUUUCCUCACGCAUGGGAGGGUCAAGUGGUCUCGGAAUUAUUCCGUUCAGCAAGCAGGCGGUGUUCGGGCUUCUGGAGGUGCUGUCGAGGAUUGGCAACCUGCUGAGCGCGCACUUCAGCCCGCGCCCAUCGCAGGGACAGUCGGCGCAGUUUCUAAAGGGUAAAUUCAAGAUCAAGUGCCGGCUGAAGAAGAAGCGGUCGAUGCGGAUCGUGCUACCAUCAAAGGCCAUCCAGCUCAUGCUGUACAAUGGGAUGAGCGUGCAAGUCCCCGUGACGGAAGCGACGGACCAGGAGGGGACGACGCGUAUGGCGGGCGGCGGCGUGAAGCUCAGAGUCGGGGUCGUCAAGUGCAAGCCGAGGAAGACGAAGGAGAACAGAAUCGUGUUCAGGUGCAAUUGCUUCACGAGGAGGGGUGGGUCACGCACAUAAAGGCAGGUUGCUUCUACACGCUUGACUGCCACACGCCAGUGGCAGCAACGAAUGGGGAAGUGCGGCGCAAUUAGAGUAACCGUGGUGGCAAGUGAGAAAGGCGUACUUGUACCAGUAUGAAGGCGGUGUAAAGUUGCAUGUCG